UACAUAUCCUAGGUUCCUAACAACCUAAGUGAUGAGUUGUAAAAUCAAAUUUAAGAAUAUAUUCAUCCACGGAUUUCAUGGGCAGAUGUCAUUUAUAACCAAUGCCUGAAUUUUUUGUUAGUAACGGCCACAAAAACUGUGUUUAUCUGCCAUCAUCAUCCCCAAUCAUAAAUGAUUUCUGCAAACCCAAAAAGUAAGCGGAAAGAGAGAGAGGUGAACGUUGCCGGUGUUGAUCUCAGGCGACGUUUUCCAAUCUCCUGCUGACCGACUGUUCUAUUAGCGAUGACGCUAGCCUCUGGAGAGAUUGCAAAACAUGUUGCAAAUACUGAGACUGAGCAUGUUGCUAGAGAAGACAGUGAAUAUGAGAGACUGGUUGUAUCUAGUGAAGAGAAUGUUGAAGGCGAUGACAUACACCCUCAGCAAAUAGAAAGGGAAAGGUGUGGCAGGUCUUGGAAAUGGUGGAUUAAGGUUAUAUCAUUGUCCAUUGUUACUAUUGUAGUUUCAAUCGUUUCAGUGAAAUGGGGAAUGCCAAUUGUAUUUGAGAAGCUUCUAAUCCCAAUGAUGGAAUGGGAAGCCACAGAAUUUGGUCGUCCAACACUUGCUCUCAUACUUGUAGCCUCCUUGGCACUUUUCCCAAUCGUCUUCUUGCCAUCUGGUCCUUCUAUGUGGCUUGCAGGGAUGAUAUUUGGAUAUGGACUGGGAUUUGUAAUAAUCAUGGUUGGAACAACAAUCGGAAUGGUUUUGCCAUAUCUGAUUGGCCUAUGCUUUCGUGAUCUCAUCCAUCAAUGGUUGAAGAAAUGGCCACGGACAGCUGCAAUGAUUAGAAUGGCUGGAGAAGGAGACUCGUUCCAGCAGUUUCGAGUGGUUGCACUCUUUAGGAUUUCACCAUUUCCGUACACCAUAUUCAACUAUGCAAUAGUAGUGACCAGCAUCAUGUUCUGGCCCUAUUUAUUUGGAUCCAUCGCCGGAAUGAUUCCUGAAGCCUUCAUCUAUAUUUACAGUGGGAAGUUGUUAAGGACAUUUGCGAAUGUACAGUAUGGAAAUCAUGAAAUGAGUCCACUGGAAAUUAUAUACAAUGUUAUUUCCUUCAUCGUAGCAGCUGUGAUGACUGUAUGUUUCACAGUUUACGGGAAAAAAGGUCUAACAACACUUGAACAUGAAGAGAAGUGUGGGGUCACUGUAGUUCACUUAGGGCAUAUACAGUUGGAUAGACUUUCAUUGGAGAGACCAAACCAACAUGGCCUUCAUCACAGCUUGAGGUCGCCGUAGGUUUAAUUUUAUAGCUAACCAUUGUAGGAAAAACCAGCAGACAGAAUAAGGACAAAUGAGUUGAGUAUUCCAGUAACCAUUGUUUAUUUUGUAGAUGAAGAAGGUUCCUGUACAUAAAAACUACAACACCUAAUUUCUGGAACUUGUCUGUUCUAUAUAUCAAAUGAUAGAUUUGCCAGCUUCGUUUA